GUUAUCUGUCAAUCACAGACUGUCUACUGUCAUCCACUCAAAAAAUAAAAACAUCCAAAAAAAUUACGAAAAACAAGAAAAUACAAUUAAAAAACCAAGCAAUUUGAUUUAGAAAUAAGAUGACUAAACUUGUUAACAAAGAUGCGGAACGCUUAAAUCCUUGUCUUAAGGAACAAGAAAUGUCUUACCAAUGUUUGAACAAGAAUGGAUUUGAUCAAUCGAAAUGCGAAGCCUAUUUUGACAACUACAACACUUGCAAAAAGUUUUGGGGCAAAGUAUAUAAGGACAGAAAAGCUAAAGGAUUAUACCCCUACUUACCAGAAGUGGAAGACAGAGCAAAAAUAAAGGACCAGUAUUUCCAAUCUGUUAAAAAUAAUUAGUAUUUAUUUCAAUUUUAAUAAAAAGUUUAACAGGCUAGCCAAGAUCGUGUAAAUAGUUAUACAAAGAAAGUCACUGAUAUUCUGAAUUGACUAUGAAGUUUGAAAACCAAGAUAUUAUAACACACAGUUCUAACAACCAGUUGAAAUGGAAAAAAAUAUUUCAAAUAUGCCUUUGCAGGCUCAUUUGAAACAUCACUCUACUCGCAGGGUUCCAAAAAGUUGAUCUCAUGGAGAAGAGCGGACAAUAAACUCCAUGGUUAUUUUAUAAUGCUUGACAACUUACCAUUUUAUUAUUUUAACCAACCAUAGUAAUACUGUAGGCCAGGUAGAGCAUUUUUCAAAGCAGAAACUAAGUAUUUAAAAUAGUAUAUAAACCUCCUUCGUGAAAAAUGACAGUUAACCGGGUUACCAGCUUCAAAAUAUAAUAGAAUUGACUAGUACACUGUACAGAAAAUGGCGAUAACACAUUCAAUAAUGUUGACAGAAAUAGGUUUUCUUUCAUUUUUCUUUUUCUGCAUUUGUAACGAAGUUCUACCAAAUGCUAAGAAGGAGUUCUUCUUUUACUUGUUAAUUAUAAUACUAUACAACCUGAAUCAGGUAUAAAAUAAUGAGAAGUAAUAUAUUUUACAGAUACAGUUUAA